UUUCUCCACUCAGCUUCUCCUUGCUGCUUCCCAAUCAUGUCAUCAGACUCAACAACAGACAAACAUAUUGCAGUGUUUCCUUUCCCCUUCGGCACACACGUUGUGCCUAUCUUGAACCUUGUCCUCAGACUCUCUCAGGCCACUCCAAACUGUUCAUUCUCAUUCAUCGCCACACACAAAUGCAAUGCGUUGCAUUUCGCAAAACCCCACAACCCCUCUAACAUCAAGCCCUAUAGCAUAAAUGAUGGAGUCCCUUACGAGGGUCACCCGUUAGCCAACCACCCAAUUGGAAAGGUCAAUUUUUUUCUCAGCACUGGACCUGACAAUUUGCGCAAAGGUAUACAGAUGGCUGAAGAAGACACCAAUAAAAAGGUCACAUGCAUCAUUGCCGAUGCUUUUGUACCCUCUUCGCACGUUGUGGCUCAGAGCCUCAACGUUCCUUGGAUUGCAUUUUGGCCACCCAUUUCAUGCACACUUUCUCUAUAUUUUUACAUUGACUUAAUGCGCCAGAAGUUUGCAAACUGCGAAGAAGAUGCUCGCUUUGAUAUAUCCCCGGGGUUGCCCAAGAUGUGUGUUCAAGAUAUACCGCAGGAUCUUCUUUUUACUGGAGAAAAGGAGACGGUGUUUUCAAGGACGCUAGUAUCACUGGGUAAGGUGCUACCUCAAGCCAAGGCAGUGGUUAUGAAUUUCUUUGAGGAAUUAGACCCACCUUUGUUCGUCAAAGACAUGAGAUCGAAAUUGCAGUCUAUGCUUUAUGUUGUUCCGGUUCGGUUCCCGAUACUAUUAUCUGGGGCGGAUCCGAGUGGAUGCUUGUCAUGGUUGGAUUCGAAUCGUUCUAUGUCAGUGGUAUAUGUUUCGUUUGGGACGGUGGUGUCGCCACCCCCACAUGAGAUUGUGGCGGUGGCAGAGGCAUUGGAAGAAAGCGGAUUUCCAUUUGUGUGGACUCUGAAGGAAAAUAUGAUGGGUCUUUUGCCAGAUGGGUUUGUGAAGAGAACCUUCAUGCGUGGGAAGGUGGUGCCUUGGGUUCCACAAACCCAACUCUUGGGACAUGAUUCGGUAGGAGUUUUCGUGACUCAUUGUGGAUCUAACUCCGUGACUGAGAGUAUUUCGAGUGGGGUUCCUAUGAUCUGCAGGCCAUUCUAUGGAGAUCAAAUGGUUGGUGCAAGAGUGAUAGAGGAUGUUUGGAAGAUUGGGGUGACGAUAGAAGGUAGGGUGUUCACCAAAAAUGGAUUUAUUAGAAGCUUAAAUCUGAUUCUGGUGCAGGAAGAUGGGAAGAAGAUUAGAGACAACGUUCUUAAGAUGAAGAAAACUGUGGAAGAUGCAUCUAGGCCUGAAGGGUUAUCAGCAAGCAAUUUUAAGACUUUGGUAGAACUGAUUUCUAGCUCUUAAAAGCGUGGGGAAAGUUCGUAACAAAUUGAGUUGCAGCCAAAUGAAAAAAAAAAGAAAAAAAAUAUUAGGAGGUUGCUAUA